AUGGCCGAGACUGAAGCCUCCGUUCCGCAGCUGGAACCGCGCCGAGCGUGCCAGGAGUGCAACCGCAAAAAGACAAAAUGUGAUAUGCGUCGUCCCGUGUGCGGGCUCUGCCUACGUACCGGCAAUUCUUGCACCUUCCCGUCCAAAAGGAAGAAGCCCACUCGCAAACCCCAACUCAAAACCCAGUCGCGAAAGAUCAGUGACAGCCUGUCAAAGUUGGUCCAGGUGCUCGAUGCAGCUUCGCGGGCCGGAGAUGGUUCCGACGAGCAAGAGGGCCGGCGUGGUAUCCCCCAGACCCUGCUUCGAGAUUCUCUAAAAGGUCUCCUCGCCGAGAUCAAGGAGACAGAGAACCGCCCUACCGAAAACCAGGACACCGCCGCCGAGCAGCACACCCAGAAUGGCGCGCUAUCCGACGCAGAGGAUAUCGAGGAAGAAGGCCCGGAAGCUGACGCCCAAGACUUGGAGCAAUCGCCUCCACCAAUUUCAACCGAAGCCACCACCAACCUCUCGACUCCGACACUGACUUCGAGCUCCGGUGCAGAGAUCUCUUGCUCGGUCGCCAUAGAUCUGGUCUCGGUCUUCUUUGAUAAAGUCCAGGCAUGGGUCCCCAUCCUCCAUCGACCGCGGUUUCUAGCCCACUACCAAAGUUCACUUUUGGCCGAUGGCGAUAUCAUGAAGGCAUUCUCGGUCGACGAAUCGCUCUUAUUCUACAGCAUCUUUGCCAUGUCCGCGAGGUUUUCCAACCAUCCAGUCUUUGCUGGGAUUCCCCCAAACAGGCGAGGACACGAUUUCGCUCAACGAGCCCGGGAAUGCUAUGCCCAAGCCCGUUCCAUACGGACUCCGUCCUUGACUUAUCUACAAGGCUGUAUCCUUUUGGCCUACUACUUUUACACGUCAGGCCCGACCCACCAAGGCUGGAUCCUCAUUGGUGUGUGCGUCAGGCUGGCUUAUGACUUGGGGCUCUCCGAGAUUGACGAUGAAGACUGGAGCCCUCUCACGCCCAUGGACUCGGUUGAAAGGGAGGAAUAUAGAAGAGCCUGGUGGGCUGUGUGGGAGCUCGAUACUUUUGCAUCCACGGUCUCCCGCAACCCAUAUUCCAUUGAUCGAAAAAGGAUGGCUGUUGCUUUACCGGUUUCGGACGAAGCUUGGUUUGCCGAAAUAGAAGUGUCCUCUGCACAGCUCAACAUGCUGCCUGGCCAGUCCUGGAGGUCCUUGCAGGGAUGUAGCAACCAAGACGAGAGGGCAUGGUUCCUUGUUGCCAAUCAUUUCAUGGCCACGGUUCACGACCGAUUGCAACAGAAACAAGAUGUAUCCUCUGACGAGAAAUUGACGUUGGAGAACGAGAUAUGCUGCUUCAAACUAGCAUUACCUGCUUCGCUUCGACUCGACGCCGAGACGUUGACAUUCACUCCCGUGACCUUUGCCCGAUGCAAUUGGGUCAUUGGGACCCAUCUCAUGUUGAUGGCCGCAUCAUUCAUGGUUUCUGGAAUUGCCACUGCAGACAAUGACGACCGGAGUGUGUCGAGUGUGGGCGCCAGCGCUCCAUCACCCCUCCGGCAACGCGCCAUCGAUUUGUCACGAAUCAUCAGUCUUUGGGAUUCUAGAUACAUUGCAGUCGCACACCCAUUCUUUACAUGCAUGAUGCUCCCACCCUACUAUGUGGACGGCGAUAUUUUGAGAACCCAGCCUCUAAUCGCUUCUAGUCACGACCUGGGAAAGCUGGUUCUGGCACACUUCAGCGAGAGAUGGAAGUUGGGUUCCGUUGUAUCAGAACUAGCAAAGAUCCUCGAAAGAGGAGGCACGCUCAAACCCGAGGAAAGGCAGCUAGCCAAAAGAUAUGCAGUGUUUUUUCGAAUGCCACGCCUCAGCGGCAAUACUCCUCCCGACCUCAACCGGCGAGAUAGGAAAAACUCAACGAUCAGCGACAAUAUUUCAUAUCCUGGUCCGGUAGAGGUGCAGCAACAGCAGCCACUCUCGCAAGAAGAGUAUUCAACAUCGCUACCCAUGACGGAUCAAGCGAACAUAGCCAGCUACCAAGCUCCCAUGUUUGAUCCUAUAAGCUACCCUUCGCUCCAACAUAAUUUUUAUGAGGGAGGCAAUGAGAUCGAAUUCGGAUUCUCUGACUUCUUCGGUGGCUAUCGAGACAUGGAUUUCAUGCCCGGCUCAGUAAUUCUAAACGAUGACAGCGCCCCCAAGUUCUCUGGCCGAUAA